UCUCAAAGCAAGUGAUAGUAAAAGAAAAAUAUCGCAUAAUCCCAGUCUUAGUGAAAUGGGCUCCCGAUCACCUCCUAAGCUUCCUACCAUCAAUUUUUCCAUUGAAGACUUGAAGCCUGGCUCAAGUUCUUGGCUGUCCACCUCCAAACAAGUCCGGUAUGCACUCGAAGAAUACGGCUGUUUCGUGGCGUUUUAUGAUAAAGUUUCUGCACAACUUGUAGACAAAAUCUUUGGCCAGACCAAAGAUCUGUUUGAGGUUCCAAUUGAAAACAAAAUAAAGAACACAAGUGAGGAACCAUAUCGUGGGUAUAUUGGGCCAAACCCUCUCAUGUCUCUCUAUGAAGGCUUGGCCAUCGACAAUGUCACGUCCCCACAAGAAACUCAUAAAUUCAGACAACUUAUGUGGCCCGAUGGCAAGAACAACUUUUGUGAGAUCAUAGAUUCAUUUGCCGAGUUAUUAGUAGGCUUGGAGCACACAGUGGAACAAAUGCUGUUUGAAAGCUUUGAGGCAGCAAAGCAGUACGAGUCUGUUGCUAGCUACAACAGUCAACUUCUUAGGUUCCUCAAAUAUAAUACAGUAAAGGAAACUGAUGCCACCUUAAGGUUUGCGAGCCAUACAGACAAGAACUUUGCCACCAUUGUUGUUCAGCACGAUGUUGGUGGGUUGGAGGUCCAAACAAAGGAAGGUGAUUGGAUUAGCAUUGAGUCGGCACCUUCACAGUUCUUGUUCAUGGCCGGGGACGGAUUGCAGGUAUGGAGUAACGACAGAAUAAAAGCUUGCCACCAUCGAGUGAAGGAUUGUGGGGACAAGAUAAGAUACUCACUUGGGAUGUUUACAUUCAACAAUGGGGUGUUGCAAGUACCGCAAGAACUAGUGGAUGACAGCCACCCACUGCUCUAUAACCCAUUUGAUAGUCGAGGGUUUAUAAGGUUUUAUACAACGGCUGAGGCCAAAAAUGCAAAGUCUCCUAUCAAGGCCUAUUGCGGUGUUGGUCUUGAAAUUUAGCAAAUUCUACAGUUUAAAGUGGCGGUAUGGUGAAAU